GUUACACUGGCGAGUUCCUCGUUGCUCUGUAAAACUACGUAGACCAUCUGCCCACACACAAACACAAGCAUGGCAGCCUCUCCUUCAGGAUACAGCAGAAUGUUCUUUAAGCUAAGGAAAUAUGCUAAUAAAUCACAAAGUUUAUAUCAUAUUGAUAGUUUUAAUUUAGUGAUAAGGACAAUAUGGACAUCUGGAUCCAGAACUCAACUUCAGCCCAAAGUCCAUACUAAAAGUCUUCCUCAGAUGGUUGGUGUUGUGGGUCUGGAAAUCCAUGCUCAGAUUCAGUCCACAUCAAAGCUCUUCUCUGGAUCUCAUGUCAGAUUCUUGGCUCCACCAAAUUCACUUGUCUCACAUUUUGAUGCUUCAUUACCAGGAACACUGCCAGUACUGAACAGAAGAUGUGUGGAGGCUGCUGUAUUGACAGGCCUUGCUCUCAACUGUACCAUCAACAGGAAGUCACUAUUCGACAGGAAGCACUACUUUUAUGCAGACAUGCCUGCAGGCUACCAGAUCACUCAGCAGAGGGUUCCCAUAGCAGUGAAUGGCAUGCUGGUCUAUAGUUAUUUUGAAGGUCGCAGAAGAGACCAAGUUGUAACCAAGAGUGUGAAAAUCAAACAGAUCCAGCUUGAGCAAGACAGUGGAAAGAGUCUCCAUGAUGAUGACCAGAGUCAGACUCUUAUAGAUCUCAACAGAGCAGGUGUAGGUCUGAUGGAGCUGGUGAUGGAGCCAGAGAUGUGUUGCGGAGAGGAGGCAGCAGCUGCAGUCAGAGAGCUUCAGCUCAUCCUGCAGGCUCUGGGCACCUGCCAGGCUAACAUGGCCGAGGGGCAGCUUAGAGUUGAUGCCAACGUGUCCGUGCAUCGACCUGGAGAGCCUUUGGGAGUGAGGACAGAGGUCAAAAAUAUCAACAGUGUGAGGCACCUGGCUAAAGCCAUAGACUACGAGAUCCAGAGACAGAUGGAGGUUCUACAGAGCGCUGGGAAGGUUCUUAAUGAGACCCGAGCAUUUGACAGCAAAUCUGGUAACACAAUUCCAAUGAGGGAUAAGGAAGGCUUACAAGACUACAGGUUCAUGCCAGAGCCCAACUUGCCGCCACUGUUUGUUUAUGAGAGUGAAGCUUCAGUGCCUGCUGGCGUUGACCCUGCCCAGGUUGUGGUGAUUGACAGGCUGAGUGGCCAGUUGCCAGAGCUGCCGUCUGUGAAAAGGACAAGGCUAGUGGAGACGUAUGACAUCCUGCAAGAGCACAGCUUCACACUGGUGGUGAGGAAGUCCACAUUCAAUCUGUGCAUUCCCAUCUCUCCAUGUGCUCUUGCUGAGCUGAUCAAUCUUGUAGAAUCUGGUCAUAUCUCAUCUUCAACUGCCAAGCAAGUUUUCCAGGAGAUGUGGAAGGCUCCAGAGAAGACAGUGGGCCAGAUAGUGAAGGAGCAGGAUUUGUGGAUGAUAAAUGACAAAGAAGAGCUACAAAAGAUCUGUAAGAGGAUUGUGAACAGUCACCCUGAGGAGGUUCAGAUUAUCAGAGGGGGUAAUAAGAAAGUACUGAACAAAUUGAUGGGUGAAGUUCAGAGAGAAACCAAAGGCAGAACUGACCCGGUCCAAAUCAGAGCCAUUCUAGAGAAAAUGGUCUCAUGAAUUACCCAGCAUGCCUCUUUAUGGGUUAAUGCUGUGUUCUGGACAAGCAACUUAAUGGAGAAAUGGAAUUGUCAUACAUUUGUACAAUUGUCUGUACAAUUGUUCCAGAAAGGUGUCUACACUGUAAAAUGUAGAGCUACACAGCCUGUUAAUAUUUACCGGUCUGAUAAACAAAUGUU